AUGGGAAGUGAACACAAACAGCUUCUACCUCACUGUGAAGUUCGUUGGCUGUCAAGAGGUAAAGUGUUAUCAAGAUUGUUUGAGCUCCGUGAUGAACUUGGGGUUUNCCUUAUGGAAGGGGACUAUAAUGGAAAACUUGCAAGUUCCUACUUAGAAUUCUUAGAAUUGGUGACCGAUGAAAACUGGUUGAAACGAUUGGCGUAUUUGGCGGAUAUUUUUGGUGCCCUCGACGUUCUUAAUUUAACUCUGCAAGGCAAAGACAUUCAUAAGUUUUUUGUGCAAGACAAAGCCGAUGCAAUGAUAAUCAAGCUUCAACGAUGGGCUCUAAAAGUAGAACAAUAUUCCUUCGAUGCAUUUCCAGUCCUACGUGAUUUUCUUGAAACUAACGAAGUUAAAAUUGAUAAAGCAACAGCUACAACUAUACAAGAUCACCUCAAAUCUUUAGCUUCCAACCUCAAGUUAUUUUUAAUUAUUUAUUUUUCUUAAUUACAAAUUAAUAUUUUUUAAUAGACAUAAUUGAAAUCAUUUUUACACUGUUUUUAGAAACUACUUCCCUAAAAUUGAAGAGGAAUUCCAAUGGAUCAGAAAUCCCUUUGAAGAAGAUUACUUGAAAAAAUUGAAAAUAUCAGCAAGUGAAGAAGAUUCGUUGAUUGAAAUGUCAUGUGAUCAGACUUUAAAAUCGUAUUUUAAAAGUACACAAUUAGUGCCAUUCUGGUUAAAUGUUCGGAAAGACUAUGCAGCAAUCACUAAAAUUGCACCGAGAAACUUGAUGGGCUUUUCGACAACUUAUUUAUGUGAACGUGCUUUUUCUACUUUAAUUUAUUUAAAAAAUAAAUAUAGGAAUAAACUGAAUGUCGAGAGUAAUUUAAGACUAAAACUGACAAGUUUUAAUCCAGAUAUUGACUCUCUCGUGAAGAACAAGCAAUGUCAAAAAUCACAUUAA